UGAAGUUAGGGCGCCGUUCAUCUGUAGUCCAGGGUCUUCACUGCGGGUCGGUGACUGGAACGUGGAGCUAAGCCUCUGGCAGCACCGGCUGAUGGUGGGGAUGCAGCUGAGAGGAGACUGACGAGAAGGCUCUAGGUGUAGCUGCUGCGUCAUAAAAAUGUGCUGUCUGGAACCAGCAAAAACUUGCAAAAAUAUACUUUCUCUGCCCGAGUUCUCCCUAAACCGAAAUUUCUCCUCUUGCUGAUGUCACAUGAGGACUUGGUGCCUGGAAGUUCAAGGAGUUGGGAGCCCAUACAAAUGGAGAACCCCUACAAAGAUCCUCCUAAAAGAUGUAUUUUAUGUGGAAUAAAUGUAGACUACAAGAAUGUGCAGCUUCUUUCCCAGUUCGUUUCUCCGCAUACUGGCUGCAUUUACGGCAGGCAUAUAACAGGCUUGUGUGACAAGAAGCAGAAGGAAAUUACAAAAGCCAUUAAAAGAGCUCAUGUACUUGUGAUAUGUGAAGAUGAACACCAUGCAUUGUUGAAGUCCUAUACCCAAAACCAAACGGAUCAAGAAUAGCUUAUGUGCAUAAAUGAACUGCCUGCCUGCCUGUGGGCACUGGCACUACAGAUAGUUCCAAAGGCAGAACUCCAGGGUAAGAUUUCAACUGGGCUCUAGCAAUAUGAGGAAUAAUCUUACUUAAUCUGCAAGUUUCAAGGGUAAAACAGUGUUAACAGUAACUCGAUUGCAACAAAGAAAAAACCCAAACUGUUCCGAGUUACAGUAUGUGCUGUGCUACUGCUUUAUUAAAACUAGAGAACAAACC